AUGAGGCUCUUUACGGGGCUGAUCGCGCUUCUGCCGUUUGUGGCCGCAGCAGAAGAUUUGAGCCGACCCACGGUUGAUCUUUCCUACGCCCGAUACCAGGGCACGCAUAACUCGACCUUGAAUCUCAACAUCUUCCGAGGCAUUCGAUACGCGGCUGCUCCAACAGGUGCCCUUCGAUGGCAACUACCUCAGGCACCAGAAAGCAGCAACAAGUCCGGCAACAAUAGUGAGAUCACGCCUGCUACGUCCGAUCCGCCCCGUUGCCCAUGGGCACGCCGUUCUCUGCAGUAUCCCAAGACCGCAUCCGAGGAAGCCUCUUUGAAAUCGUUCAAUUUCACAGGUGACGAGGACUGUCUCUUCCUGAACGUCUUUGCCCCUGCAGAUGCAAAGAACCUGCCUGUCAUCGUUUGGAUCCACGGCGGCGGUUACAGCCUUGACUCGGCGGCUUCGUUUGAUUUCUCUACUCAGAUUGCGACCAACAACAACACCUACAUCGCUGUCGUGAUCCAAUAUCGACUGGGAGCAUUUGGCUUUCUAUCAUCGGAUGAAGUUGCGGCCAACGGCACUCCUAAUGCCGGCUUGCAUGACAUGGUGUAUGCGCUUCGUUGGGUGAAGAAAAACAUCUCUGGAGCGAUCCUAAAUCUGGCUACGACGCAUGAGGCAGAUGGUCUCUUCAGAGGUGUGAUUGCAAGCAGUCCAUACAUGGCGACUCAGCCGUAA